ACCGAAUCAACAUGCAACAACCUAACAACAACGCUCGUCUCAACACUCCUCCUGUCGUUAUGACAGCCGGUUCUUCUAACAGAAGUGUUGGCAACUUCACUCCUGUUAGAAGAAGUGCUGCCAGCAACACUGAAGUUGCUGAAUUAAAAGAUAACGUUAGGCAGCUUCAACAACAGCUUGCCUUAGUCCAAGCUCAGCUUGCUGCUGUUGUAGCUUCCAAAGAUUCAGGCAGCACCGGCAAAGGUCUAAUUGGUAGAUCAAGAGAGACUUCGAGCUUGAUCAGAAGAACAUAUGAUCAGUAUUUUGAAGAUAACCAUCUUCAAUACAAUUUUAAUUUGUCAUUGAAGACUGGUUCCAACAAGAUCAUCUAUGAUCAUAUAUUAAAUACUGUUAUUACCAAAGAAAAGGAUAUCACGCGUAAUAACAGUAUUAGCGCUCAAAAAUUGAGGGAACUCAAAAAGCGCAUAAGAAACCAUUACGAGAACCUGAAGCAUCAGCAGAAGGUUCGAAAUCAAAGUCAAGAGGUACAGCAAGCGCUUGCUCAUAAAAGAAGAAUAGCCACAAGAAAAAACAGAGUAAAUAU